AUGGCAACAGGACAGCGUUUUCCCAGCGUGGACCAUGUCAUGUGGCGGAACAACCUAGAGGACCUGCCACAGGCCGUCGGUAGCUCAUUAGAGAGCCUGCUGCAGGCGUCCACGCCAUCGUUUCGGCAGCGAACGAAAGCCUAUGCCCUUGCCGUCGAGUCCUACACGUUGCCGUCAUCGGUGGAAACUAACGCGUGCGAUUCAAGACUUGGCCUUGUCUAUGCACGGGCCACGUGCUAUAGAAGCCAGAAGAAGACUGGCCGGCCGUACAAAGUACGCCUGACUUUCAAGUUAUCAAGUGGUGCUGUUGAAGAUGCAACCUGUGAGUGUCCUGCCGGAGAAAGCGGGGCAUGCAGCCCUAUCCUGGCCGCACUUCAACUUCUCAUCUUUAUGAGAAAACGUGGCUACAAAGAGGCUCCACCCGAGUUGAGCUGCACAGAACUGCCUCAACAGUGGCGGCGACCUCGACGACAAGGCAUAAGGCCUGUGAGUGUGCAGGAAGUGGACUGGAGGAGCCCACGUGAAAAUGGUGUACCAGAGCCGACACCCAGACGGUUGUUUGAUGCUAGAGCUGUGAAGGAUGACGAGAAAGAACAGCUGGACAGUCUCCAUCAGCUCGGAAGAGUCCUUAAGGAGCUCGGCAACGAUGACUUUGGUAUGGUUCUGAUGGCAGCCAAAGGUCUAUUUGUCGAAACAAAGCUUGGACUGGCACCUGUUGGCUCACCAUUGUCCUACCAGAGGGCAAUCGUUCCAGGAGGCUUCAAGACGUGGAUGUCAUCUAGCAUCUCAAAAGGAACGGGCGAUAUCACUCCUGUCCCAGAGCUCCUGCUUUUUGAAGAAGCGUUGCCGCAUACCUUGUGUGGCACUUACACUGCAGAUGAGCUCAGGAUAUUGAAUGAACUUAAGGUGUCUGCACAAGACGCACAGGAACUUGAACAAAAUUCAAGGCAGCAGAGCCACAGUUCACACUGGAGAGAUGGACGUCGACAUACAUUAACUGCAUCGCAUUUUGGUCGUGUAAUUAAGAGAAAUGAGUGGACAGAAACAGGGCUGCGGAACCUCAUUAAGCCAAAGGACUUGUCUCGCGUUCGUGCUGUGCAAUAUGGAAUCGCCAAGGAGAGUGUAGCUGCAGAUCGUUAUGCAAAUGUAAUGCAGUCGUAUGGCCAUAAUGUGACACUACACCAUUCAGGAUUGGCUGUCAAGCCGGCCUUUCCAUGGCUUGGAGCUAGCCGAGAUAGAUUUGUAUAUGACCCAGAGGAGCUGACAUAUGGUGUCCUUGAGAUCAAGUGCCCUUACUCGAAGGAUAGCCAACCAGAAGAAGCCAGGAGCAAGAAGUUCUGCAUGAUUUUUGAAGAAAAUGAUGAGCCACAACUGGACCGUGACCACGAGUAUUAUGCCCAGGUGCUCGGUCAAAUGGGCAUAACAGGCUGCCUAUGGGCGGACUUCGUGGUGUGUUCGGAGAAAUGGAUAGCCAUCGAGCGUAUUCGCUUUGAUAAAAUAGAGUGGCUUAGUAUGCGUAAAAAACUUGACAAAUUUUUUUUCGAACACAUGCUGCCUUACACGAGCAGCCAGCACUGAGAACUGAGACUAAUCCUUAAGGAAGUGCAACACCAUGUCA